AUGCAAGCUUACGACAGUCUCUCUACGUUUUCUGACGUGGAUCCAGCUUUGACCCAUAUAGCUACCGAUUCAACCAUCCAAGCCGUAAUAUUCUCGAACGGGACGAGAGCAAUGGUGUACAACUCGGUUUUACGAUCCAAGGACCUUUCGCCGCACGCGAGCGUCUUCCAAGAUAUCGUCACCGUAGACGAAGUCCAGCAAUAUAAGCCAUCAAAGGCAAGCUACGAGCACCUUGCGAAGCAGACAGGCCAAGACCCAUCGCAGAUGAACAAACUUUGGCUAAUUAGCGGCAACCCUUUCGACAUUGUCGGGGCGCGCGCUACAGGCAUGCAAGCUAUAUGGGUUGAUCGCGUUGGUGCAGGAUGGAAGGAUGCCGUGGCUCCAGAUCUACAGCCAACGGUCAUUGUACACAGUCUGGAGCAUAUUGUGAAUGAAAUUCGUCACUAUCGGGUUUAA